AUUUUGCUCUGUGUGUUUGUGCGUUUGUAAGCGCGCGCGCACGCGCUCUUGACACCUUCAGUUAUAAUGCGCGCGAACGCCUAUCACCCGAGGAAGAAAUCCAUCCCACGUAUCUAGUGGUCAAGCGCAGCGCACGUAUGACUCAACUGGAUAUAUAGUAGACAGCCGACGUCACAACGUAAGACCCUGGUGCUCGAAACGGGAACUGGGGGAUUCUAUUUCUGCAGGGCUCGUCGCAAUCCUCACAGGGACAAGUAAUGAGUUGGCUUCCCAUGAAUGCUUCAAGACACCCAGAGUACGCUGAUUUUCACCGAAGAUUGCGUACUUUCACUGGCUUUCCCCAAACUUGUACUGGUGUUUUUGCACAUGCUGCUCUCGCCGAUGCAGGGCUAUUCUUCACAGGCACAAACGAUGAGACUGUGUGUUUCCACUGCGGCGGAAAGCUUCUAGGUUGGCAACCCGCUCAUGAUCCGUACAAUGAGCACGCUAGGGUGUAUCCCAGCUGCGAGUUCAUCCAGACGAAGCUGUGUGAGAGAUCUCUUGAAAACCGUUUACCACAUCGGGACGAUGACGUUAGCGAACCAAUGACAGAAGGUGAUGAUGAAGGGUACUACAGCAUCCACUCACGCAGUGAUGCCAGUAUUCCAAUAAGGAACCAUCACGAAGGUACUCGUGGGCUACAAACCGUUACCGAAGAUACUACAAUGCAUGCACAACAGUCACCGUUUCGUGCACCAGACGUGUGCGGUUAUAAUAACGCAGCGCCCGAGCCUGGAGGGAACGUGCACAGAAAGAACCGAUACACUGUACCACAUUCGAGGCCUGCUUUCCCGCAGUACGCCACAUUAGCGAGCAGGGAAGAUUCCUUCCUCACCUACCCCAGUGGUGCAAAAGGAAACCGAGAAAAGAUGGCAAAAUCUGGCUUUUUCUACACAGGAAUUCAGGACCGUACAACAUGCUUCCAGUGCGGUAACUCCCUCUGUAGUUGGGUCGACGAAGACGAUCCUUUGGUUGAACACGCCAGAUGGUUCCCGGACUGCUCAUACGUUGAACUUAAGCUCGGCGAGGAGGCAAUCAGCAACGUCGUAGAAACCCAUAGAAACCUCCUCGCAGAGCGGCAAGCAAGAGAACAGAGUCUGAGUGACCACCUAACAGAACCCAUUUUGCGGGACCUCAUGCGGGCACCGUUGGUUCAUCGCCUUCUGCAGCAAAGUAUCGACCCUAGCAUCAUGGAGUUGGCCAUCCGAAAAAGGCUGAAUGACACAGGGAUGAUCGACGUGCUGGAGGAACGAGACUUGCGGAGUGCUCUGGCAGACGUCGUUUCUUUGCCAGAGAACGUCAAGGCAAAGGAAGUCUCCCAGCAGUCUGUCUGCCAGUGUUGCGGCAUGCUACUCGCGGUGAUGACGCUGUCCUGCGCCGACUUCACAGGGAAUUAUGCCGAUAUUUGCUUCACAGUGUGUCUGAAAAACCCAGGGAAAACGCCCAGACAGCAAAGCCGGUGCUCGGAUUCGAAGCCGUGUCACCUCCACGAUUAAUGAUUUUUAUUCGACGGUUGAGCAACAGAUGGCCAAGAACGUCUGCCUGCUCAGAGAUGACAGAAGUGAAAACGGGAUGUCUAUAGGCCUCAUAGUUUUUAAUGAAAAAUCUGUGUCGAAAAACAGACACCCUGCACACACACACACAUAUAUAUAUAUAUAUGUUUGUAAGUCAAACGUCGCCAUGCCAGUACUGGACCGCUGUUUCGGCCUUAUUGGGUCUCGUCAGCCGUACGCAGGCAGGCAACGUUUGAGCGGAUGGCGUCAGAAGGUCACGUAACACGUGAUUCCUCCCGUCAGGGUGAGCUAAGUCACCAUUGAAAGCCCAGUGCAAAGCCAGUGAAAUAUACUAGGAGAAGAAAAAUAGCCGGACCUUUUUGGCUGCACGUAUAGCAUAUGUUUGUAAGUCAAACGUAAAGUCAGAGUUGAAAUAAACGAAUGCGAUUGACCACGAAAAAUAAAGAUAUUCAAUAAGGAUC